AUGAAGUCGGGACAGAUCAAGCGCUACAAGGACAUGAUCAAAAAGGCCGUCAGUUUCCUGAAGUGGCAGACCACGUUCGUCGGCACCUUCCUGGUGAAGCCACUCUUCUCGGGAUGCAAGGCUAUCGUGCAAGACCUCUGCGACGUGUUCAACGUCAAGACCGACCCGUGCUACGACCUGGUGCAGAUCUUUGCAGGUGAGGCCGUCGUCUCAGAGGAGUUGAGUCGAGCAGGACUCAAGGUGUGCGAGCCCAUCGAACAGAUAUACAAGUACAACCUACGGAGCGCCCAAGAUCGACGAGAGAUUCUACAGCUCUGUCGCACCCGCAGGCCGAAGCUCCUCACGCUGGAGUACCCCUGCACACUCUGGACGCAACUCACCAGGGUCAACUAUCGAGGCGAAGCUAAGCAACAACAACUACGUCGCCAGCGUCUCCGGGAUGAGCUGAAUAGCAAGCGAGACAACCUGUUCGAGAACCCCGAGACGUUGGAGGUAUCCAGGCAGUCACAGAUCAAGCGUUUGAAGGAGCAUCCCCGUGUGAAAGAGGUGAAGGUAGACAUGUGCCAGUUCAACCUACGACACCAGCAGUCUAACGGAAUGGUCAAGAAGCCGACGACGCUCUUGGUCUCUAGUGACUCCUACGUCGGGCGGCUGAGCAGCACGGAGUCCACGCGACCGGCGACUUCGGAUCUUAUGGGUGGCGAAUCAGACGAUUGGUUCUACUACGAGAACGUGGGCGACUUCACCGAGAUGCCGGUCAAGUUGCCCGAUGGACCUGACUGGAGCCGCGUGGCCGCGUGGACCGAGAUGACGGGUUCGAUCCAGCCGAAGUUGGAUCGCACUGGCAAGCUGAAGAUUCAGCCAUGGAACAAGCCAGAGCCUGUUGCAGAGGACAUCGGAGCCAGGGCCAUUCA